AUGGCUCAACAACAGUCCUUUGACUAUUAUCAAGUACCUCCGAUGCCUCAAUCAAUGAGCCCACCGGAGCUGUCUCCGCUCUCCUUCUACGACACCCAAGCCGACUUCAGCGCAGACUCGGCCCCGUCCCGCGGCUCCCCCGUCUCCCCCGUCUUCCCGACCUCCUCCUUCCAGCUCCCCACCGGCGGCGACUGGCCCGCCUACUUUGAGAAGCCCGCCCUCUCCCCGGACCUCGACGUCUUUUACGGCGAAUCCUUUGGCAGCCCAAUGUCCUUCCUCUCCCCCCAGAACCUUACCCUCAGCCCCAGCGCCAACCCGUCCGACCUCAUGUCCGACGCCGUCGCCUUUGGCCGCGAGGGCAUCAACGACACGCAGCCCCUCUUCCAGACCCUCGACGCGCCCGCCCGGCCGCAGCCUCAACCUCAACCUCAAACCCAGCAGCCCGCAAAGUCGCCCCGUCUCGCCCGGACGACAUCCGCACCCUCCUCUCGUCCUCAACAACAGCCGCAACAGCGCCAACAGCAACAAACACAAACACAACCACAACAGCGAACCUCCCCGCGCACCAACGACCUCAAACGAAAAUCCUCCGCCUCCUCCGCCUCCUCACGCUCCGCCUCCCCCGAACCCCCCGCCCGCCGCACAAAACACUCGGAACCCUCCAAGAACCCGCACAACAUGAUUGAGAAGCGCUACCGCGUCAACAUCAACGAGAAAAUCAUCGCCCUCCGCGACGCGGUCCCCUCGCUGCGGUGCGUCGUCCAGCACACCGAAAACCCGCACGCCGCCGCCGCCGCCGCCGCCGAGAGCGACGAGGCGAUUGACGUCGUCGAGGAGUUGGGCGGGUUGAUGCCCGCGCGCAAGCUGAACAAGGCGACGAUCCUGAGCAAGGCGACCGAGUAUAUCGCGCACCUGGAGAAGAAGAAUUCGCAGCUGUGGAAGGAGAAUGAGGCGUUGGAGAAGAGGCUUGCGGAGGCGCAGCAGUGGCAGCGGGCGCAGGCCGAGGGACCUUUCUGGUCUUGA